AUGGCGAAGGUGGUAAAUCAAUUACUGAUUACAGCAAUCAUAAUCGUCAUAUAUUUCCAGCUGUUAAGGCAGACGCUCGCUGGUCAAGAAUGUGAUUCAAAUCCAUGCCCAAAUAAUGCUACAUGUAUUAAUGGUAUAGGAGCUUAUUCUUGUAGAUGUUCUCAGGGCUAUUUUGGAUCACACUGCUCAUUAGGCCUAGUGAAUAAUGGAGAUGUUCGAUUAGUUGAUGGACGCAAUUCGACUAAUGGAAACGUACAAGUAUACUACAAUGGUAGAUGGGGAGGAAUUUGCGGCUAUGACUGGAAUUUUCAAAGCGCAAGGGUCGUUUGUCGUCAAUUAGGAUUCGAUUUAGCCGUCAAAAUAUAUUGUUGUUCUAACUUUACCACAACAGAGAUUACUCCACUUUGGUUAAAAAAUAUUGGAUGUCGAGGCAAUGAAUGCUCACUUUCUCGCUGUUCCAAUUUAAACUGGGGAAGUAUCGGAAAUUGCGACAGCUAUUCUAACAAUUAUGCUGGAGUUCAAUGCGCUGUUGAUAGCUGCUCAUCUAUCCCUUGUAUCAAUGGCUUAUGCAUCAGUAGACUCAAUUCUGGAUAUACUUGUGAAUGCAAUUCUGGAUGGAAAGGACAUCAGUGUGAAACUAGAGAAGGUUCAGAUGACAAACCUGAUGAAACGAAACUACCAUGCUAUCGAUGCGACAGAAAUGCUGUAUGCCAUAUCAACAGUAAUAAUGUUUCCUAUUCAUGCACUUGCAAGCCAGGAUACAUCGGAAAUGGACUCUCAUGUAAAGAGUUAAGACUUUAUCCCUAUGGACCGCAGUAUGGCGAUAUUUCUGUUGGUAGAGUAGAUGACCGACAAUAUCGUAUUUACUUGCGAUCACCGAUUCAAUUUACCAAUGCAUUUUACAGGAAAGUUUACGUCUCCAUGAACGGAUUUAUCUCCUUUGUUAAGAGGUACAGCGGCAGGCCAAAUCGACCAUUCACCUCGGAGAAAUAUCCACCUCUUAUAGCGCCAUUCUAUGCAGAUGCUGAUGCUCGUCAAUCUAGUACUGCUAGAAUAUAUAUUAAUCAAUAUUCAUCUCUUAGUCCUUCUAGUUUGACCACAGCCAUAUUACGAAAUGCAACCAAUGAUGUCAGUGCUUUUCAAAACUACGUUAAUAACAAUCCAAAUACAUCUAAUCUCUAUGGGCUAUUUAAUCGCACCGUCUCUAAUUUCCAUGCAUCAUUAGUUACAAUCAUUACUUGGCACAAAGUUAUCCCUUUCCCUUCUAAAACUACUGCUAAAUAUGACGUCACUAAUACGUUUCAAUUAGUUUUGAUUUCUAAUGGUGUCAAUUUAUUCGCUUCCUUUAUUUACGAUGAUAAAGGCAUGAACUGGUGGCAACGUUUUGGUCAUAUUCGCCCACGAGCUGGUUUCGCUAGCCAAGUGGCAUCAGUUACAAAAUAUGCUUAUGAACUACCAAAUUCCAACACGAAAGAACUGUUAAAAAUUGACAGUAUCGUGGGUAACUAUGGUAAGAAAGGACGAUGGAUGUUUCGCGUAGAUGAUCCAGCAAGCGACCGAAUUAACUAUGCUGAUCGAUGUCAAAAUUGGUACGCUAAUGAAGCAGAUCCAAUAAUUUAUCUUAGAGCGUUAAGGAAUCGACAUUGCCCUUGCUCUAGCAUGCAGGCUAUUCGUGAUAGGCGAUUCCGAUUUAAUUUUGAUACAUUUUGCGCAAGAUCAACUUUUCCAACAAGAGCAAGUAACGGCGAACGUAUCUAUCAACAAUGUUGUUAUUCAACACGACAAAAUUCUUUAGGUUCACUAUUAACUACUUAUCCAUACGGAAGUUCAUUCAUUUUCCGAGAUCAUGUAUUGCAAAAUGCUAACAAAAUUGCGUACAGAGACUGCUGCGUCCAAUCAAGUAUGUGUAAUCUCUACGCCAUUAAGAGGCCAAUUAAUCGUUGUUCAGGAUAUCGACCACCGAGAAGAGCCUGGUUCUGGGGAGAUCCACAUAUUAGAACAUUAGAUGGUAAUCAAUAUACCUUUAAUGGGCUUGGAGAAUACGUUUUAUUGCAAACUGAUGAUCGCUCUUUUAUCCUGCAAGGACGCACUAUGCAAGCUUUAAACAACGGUAACGUCUCAGCACCUGCUACGGUAUUAUCUGGAUUCGCUACUAUUUCAGCUGGUGCUGAUACUGUGCAAUUUACUCUUAAUUCAACGCUUAAUGGAAUCAAUAUUUUAGUUAAUAGAACUAGAUCCUUCAGCAUGCAUAGUAUGUCAAAUAAUGAGACGCGUGAAUUUAAUAAUGUUGAUUUAGCAAAGACAUCGACGAUAUCUGUUGCAGCCAUCUUUUCGUCUGGAAUAUCUCUAGAGGUAACAUUGUUGACACAAAUGCUGACGAUUGCCUUCAAUGCACCGGAUGAAAUUAAAGGUAAGACUUCAGGGCUAUUAGGCACAUGGAAUGACAAUACUAUUGAUGAUUUUAAACGACCAGAUGGGUCUUUCCUGGAUAUUAAAUCGAAUAGUUCGCAGAUAUUCUAUGACUUUGGCCAGUUGUGGAUGAUUAACGCUAGUGACUCUUUAUUUACUUAUCCAAGUGGGAAAACUGCUAAAAAUUAUAGAAACUUAAGCUUUAUACCUGUGUUAGUUGAUAAUAUCACAGAGUUAUUUACGGAUAAGAUGGAUUUCUAUGAUCUAUCGGUUAUGCGGUGCAAAAAUAAUAGUGACUGUCUAUUUGAUGCUGGCCUAACUAUGAAUCUUGAAGCUGCUGUUAGGAGUAAAGAUACAUCGGAAAUCUAUAAAGAAACAAGCCAACUAUUAGAGAACUUUCCACCUGAUAUUUCUGGAUUGACAACGUUUAAUGUUACGUAUGGGCAAAUAUUUCAUACUCGAUUUAACGUAACUGAUAAGAAUCAAGAUGAUAUACUUACAGUUCAAAUUAUCGAUGCUCCUGACAACUCUUACUUCGAUACAGUUGCUUAUACAUUCACAUGGAAUGUUUCGAAUUACCAAAAUAUUUCAUUCAAGUUCGUAGCUACAGACUCAAAAGGUGCAAGAAGUGAAUUUACACCACAAAUUAUCCUAUGCUACUGCCCAAAUAACGGAACUUGCGAUUAUACAGUAGAGACGGCACGUAUUAAUAACAUCGACGUCGUCGAGUGUGUAUGUGAUUCAGCAUGGACUGGGGAUAAUUGUACACAAGAUUAUGAUGCUUGCUCUGAUCAACCUUGCUUUGACAAUGUUACUUGUAUAGAUAAUAUUGUCCCAUUAUCUGGCUAUCAAUGUGGUGAUUGCCCUUCAGGAUAUACUGGCGAUGGUUUAAAGUGUCAUGACUACGAUGAAUGUGAAUAUGGUACACAUCAAUGUAAUCAAACAUGUAUAAAUGAAGAAGGAACUUAUACUUGUGAAUGUCAAUCUGGAUACAUGUUAGAGAGCGACAAUAGAGGAUGUCUGGAUAUUGAUGAAUGUGCUAUAGGAUCUCAUAAUUGCAGUGAUGAUGCUAUCUGUAUUAAUCAACCAGGUUCAUAUGAUUGCAUUUGUAAGUCUGGCUACCUAGGUGACGGAAGAAAUUGUACUGAAAUCAACGAAUGUAAAAUAAAUAACGGCCAAUGUAAUCAAAUAUGCCAGAAUACUCCAGGCAGUUAUAAAUGCUCGUGUUAUCCAGGCUAUGAAAUCAGCAGUCAUUACCACACUUGUGUUGAUAUAAAUGAAUGCUUGCGGCCACAAGCUAAUCAAUGCGAUCAAAAAUGUGUUAAUACGCAAGGUUCCUAUCGUUGUCAAUGUGGCCAAGGUUUUAAAUUGAGCGAUGACGGUCUUACAUGCACCCCGCUUAGUCAGUGCGCUAGUGUCAAUAACUGUACACAUACUUGCACCAUGAUAAACGGAUUGCAAUCGUGUUCAUGUAGAUCUGGUUUUAAAUUAAGCCAAGAUGGUCGAACAUGUCGAGAUAUUAACGAAUGUACAGCAGAUAACUUGUGCAAUAUAAAUGCAAACUGCAUUAACAUAGAUGGAUCUUAUCAAUGUAUCUGUAAAACCGGUUAUCAAGGAUACGGCAUAACAUGCAAUGACGUUAACGAAUGUACGAGUACAUCCACUCAACAUAAACACAAUUGCUCAGCUCACGCUAAUUGCUAUAAUACUAAAGGAUCAUAUGGUUGUCAAUGUAAAGCAGGAUAUAAAGGUGAUGGUCUGACAUGCCAAGAUAUUGACGAAUGUUCAUUGAAUAAGCAUAGUUGUUCAGCACAAGCUACAUGUACUAAUAAUGAUGGAUCGUAUACUUGCAAGUGUAAAACAGGCUACACUGGCAGCGGUUUUAAUUGCUUCGAUAUUGAUGAAUGCAACUCCAAUCUAUUUCAUUGCGCAAUCGACGGGGCAUGUAUCAAUAACAAUGGAUCUUAUCAAUGCAAAUGUCAAACUGGAUUUUCUGGUGAUGGAACAACUUCCUGCACAGACAUUAACGAAUGCUUAAAUAAUCAAAACAAAUGCGAUACUAAUGCAGAUUGCCAAAAUACACGUGGAUCAUAUACCUGUCGUUGUCGAUCGGGUUAUUAUGGAAAUGGAAAUAAAUGCACAAAAAGCACAUACUGCAGUCAAAAUCGCAGCUGUGGCAAAAAAGCAACGUGCGCAUCCACUGACACUGGUUACUACUGUAUUUGCAGGUUAGGUUACUAUAGCAGCAAUGAUCAGUUGGCAGUAGAUCAAUACAAAUCUGAUUCACAUUGUCAACCUGGUCAAGUCUUUCUGGGAACAUUCAAGAUUAUUGAUCAAUUUAAACCAGGACUUGCGAUUCUUAAUAGUAACGAGCAUCUAACGUUAUCGGCAUUAGUUAUAAAAGCACUAGAAGACAAAUUUAACUCACUUAGCAUGACAAAAAUGAGCUUUAAGCGUGUUACAAUUACAAGCUUUACCUCAGGAAAUACCAAUACUCGAAUUGUUGUCGAAUUUUCAGUCGUAUUCGAUCAUAAUGGAAAAAAUAUUGACUUAGGCCAGUUAACCAAAUCGAUCUCCGGUAGUAAUACAACAAUUGAUAGAAAAGAGAUUGAAGAAGUAAAUAUUCGAGAUUACAAUGAAUGUGCAAGUCGUGAUGAUAACUUGUGCGCCUCAAAUCAGACAUGUGUUAAUUUGCAUGGCUCAUACUCGUGUAAAUGUCUAGCAGGCUACACAGGUUCAAAUUGUAUCGAUAUUAACGAAUGUAUCACUAAAGUACCCUGCGGUGGUAAUGCAACAUGCACUAAUACUAAAGGAUCCUAUAGUUGUUACUGUCCAGUAGGUUAUCACGGCGAUCCUUAUAAAGGAUGCUACUUUGCAUGCACCAAUGAUUAUUGCCUUAACGGAGGUACAUGCAUACAAGAAUUGAGCGCUCGUCAAUGCAUUUGUGUUGAAGGAUUUAUAGGUGAUAUAUGUGCCAAGAAAACAAGUAAAGUAGCCUUAACUGCUAUUGUAAGUGCAUCGAUAGGAUCGGUCGGAGCAGUCGUUCUCAUUAUCAUAAUUCUUGUGUGCUGUUUUGGCCGCCGUCGUAGAAAAAAAGAUCGAGCUGAUAGCCAACUUCUUGAAUAA